GGUCUUGUGUUGGGUGCUUAUGCCUCUGAGAACGAGAAAGUCAACCGCUUAACGCCAUUUGGCCAGAAAUUCAACGAUCAAGUGACAUCCGGAAAACUACUCGAGCAGAUCAAUGUAUCGACUGCGAAUUAGAGAGAAAACGGGUUGAAAACAGAAAGAAAAAAAAAGAGUGAGAAAGAGAGAGAGAGAGAAUGUCUCGACGGAAUAUUGUGGACUCCAUGGCGGAUUCUGGGGGCUCCAGUGGCGGAGCGUCGCGCCGCUUGACUGCUUUAAGUGGGAUCAGUUCGACGAUGGAGGAGAAGAACAGCGAUCUUCUCUGUCCGAUUUGCUUUGAGAUGAUCUCCGAGGCGCACAUCACCAAGUGCGGCCACACAUUUUGCUAUCAGUGCAUUGUGAAGAGCAUCGAGAGCACGAAGAGGUGUCCGAAGUGCUGCUUCGCAUUGCCCACGCAGGAGUUGAUCUUUCCCAAUUUCCUGCUCAAUGAAUUGGUGGCAAAGCAGCGACUGCGACUGGCGACGAAUGAGCAGCUGAUGGGCGACACGGCGGUGAAGGAUGCCAACAAACUGAAGGACCUGAUUGCCAGGGAUUCGCAGAACUUGUCGCUGUCCGACGUGGAUGUGAUGCUGGAGAUUCUGUCGCAUCGGCGCCAAAUCUUGGAGACGGAGACGUGUGUGGCGCAGAAUAGGCUGCUGUACGAGUUCCUCCGGCAUCUGCUGAAGCAGAAGGAGGACCAGAAGGCGCAGAUUGCCAAGGAGAUUGACCUGAUUUCGAGGGAUUUGCACGAAGUGGAGUGCGUGCUCAAGGAGAGGAGGAAUCUGCUGGUGGCCAGUGGGCAGGAAGAGAUGCCAGCUCCAGUGCAGGAUGUCGAGCAGACACUCGAGCAGAGCGAAGGGGAGAAGCAGCAAGUGCCAGAGCUGCCGGGUGUUGAGGAGGAGAAGCCAGAGAAUGCCGGAGAUGGCUUCAACUCGUUCAACAAUGAUGUCACGUCGACUUUCACCAUCCGGAAGCGUCGGAUGCACACGUACUUCGAUGACUUUGUCAAUUGCUACUUUCAGGCGCGCGGGCAGGAUUUGUACUUCAGCGGUGCGACUGGGAGUGACGAUAAUGACAAUAUGAGAUUGUCCGUGAGCUCAAGGCGUGGAUUGGAUGCUUUUCGUGAGAGUCUGGUGAAGUUCUCGCGGUACAGCUCGUGCAAGACUUUGGCCACGCUUGGCUAUUCGUCGGAUCUGUCGAAUGGAUCGAUUGUGUCGGGAAUUGAGUUUGACAAAGACAAUGAGUAUUUCGCCAUUGCUGGCGUGACGAAGAGGAUCAAAGUGUAUGACUAUCUGGCCGUGAUCAGGGAUGUUGUGGACAUUCACUAUCCCGUGGUGGAGAUGGUGUCGAACAGCAAGAUUUCGUGUGUGGUGUGGAAUUCGUAUCACAAGAACAUCCUGGCGAGCAGUGAUUAUGAUGGCACAGUGACAAUUUGGGAUGCAGUGACGGGACAGAGGACGAAAUUCUUCCAGGAGCACGACAAGCGGUGCUGGAGUGUGGAUUUUAAUAAUGUGGACUCGCGUCUUGUGGCGUCAGGAUCGGAUGAUGGACGGAUGAAGCUCUGGUCACUGUUGGCGAACAAUUCUGUGGCCACACUGGACACAAAGGCGAACAUUUGCUGUGUGAAAUUCAAUCCCAAGAGCUCUUGCCACAUUGCAUUCGGGUCGGCUGAUCAUUGUGUGCACUAUUACGAUUUGAGGCACACCACGAAGCCACUGUGCGUGUUCACGGGCCACCAGAAGGCCGUGUCGUAUGUGAAGUUCCUCAAUGACCAGGAGAUUGUGUCCGCCAGCACGGACAGUCGCCUGAGAUUGUGGAAUGUCAACUCUCCGCCCUAUUCCAUUCGCUCGUACGUGGGUCACAUGAAUGAGAAGAACUUCGUGGGCCUGGCGACGGAUGGGGAGUACAUUGCGUGCGGCAGCGAGGACAUUUCGCUGUAUGUGUACUACAAGGGGCUGCCGAAGCCGCUGUUCAGUAUGAAGAUCGAUCGGCCCAGCAGCAUUGAUCAGUCAGGGUCGGAUCUCAAUGAGUUCGUGUCGGCGGUGUGCUGGCGCAAGCAGUGCAACGUGAUGGUGGUGGCCAACAGCAGGGGCAUUGUGAAGAUUCUAGAGCUAGUGUAGAUGAUUCCUUGUGAUACAGCAAUCGUGCAGCUUCCUCGAAUGCCCGUCUUCAAUAUUGUGUAGUUUUCAAAGUAUUUUUAGGCUAAGUUUUUGUCCAUUCUCUAUACUUAAUUAGCAUCUUCAACAACACAAAUGACACACCGGAAAAAACCUCAUGAAUUUCAGGUUUAUAUCUUAAGGUGUCAAGGCAUUUUGACUGGGGGAAUCUUCUGACAACAGCACAUAUGCUAAAAGGGAAUUUGAAAGCAAAAGAGUAAAAGAAAAAAAAUAA